UGAUUGCCCAACAGCUCAGAGAAUACUCCCAUAUAAAAAAUGUGAAGCCUGGUGGAAAUGUGCAUUUUAAACAUGGAGUUGUUCUGGCUGUGGAUGCCUGUUUUGGGCUCUCUGAUGUUAGCGGAAAUCUUGUGGACUCUGCCCAUCAAUCAGGAUCAGUGGCCGAGGCCUGAGGAUGUGGAGCUGGCUGAGGGCUACCUCAGGAGAUUUUACAACCUGAACCCCAGAAGCAGAGUGUCUGGAAGAAGGAUCAGGUCCACGUCAGCCAUGGAAGAGAAGCUCAGAGAAAUGCAAAACUUCUUUGGUCUGAGAGAGACGGGUCGACUGGACCCUCACACCCUGAAUGUGAUGAGGGAGCCGAGGUGUGGUGUUCAAGACGUAGAAAACUUCAGCUUUUAUCCCGAAAGGCCUAAAUGGAAGAACCACACCAUCACAUACAUGAUUGCCAAAUACACUCCGGACAUGAAGAAAGAGGAUGUGGAAAAGUCCUUUCGUUCAGCCCUGAAGAUGUGGAGUGAUGCAGCACCGCUGAGCUUCAUCAAAGUCAACCAUGGCAAAGCUGAUAUAGUGUUCUCCUUCGCCCGCAGAAUUCAUGGAGAUUUCUUUCCCUUUGAUGGACCCCGUGGUGUGCUGGCUCAUGCCUUUCAGCCAGGAGGGGGGAUAGGAGGAGACGUGCACUUUGAUGAAGAUGAAACAUGGACAGACGGGAGGCAAGGUUACAGCCUGUUGGCUGUUGCAGCUCAUGAACUUGGCCACUCACUGGGUUUGACUCACUCAAGAGACCCCUCGGCUAUCAUGUACCCCAAUUACAGGUCUCACAGCAGUACACAGUACUCUCUAUCCAAAGACGAUGUGCUUGGCAUCCAAACACUGUACGGAGAACCCACAAGAAAAGAGGAAACACAAUCAGUUCCCAAAAAGUGUGACCCAAACUUUUCUUUAGACGCAGCAGUUGUGAUUGGAAAUGAGAUUGUUUUCUUUAAAAACAGGUACAUGUGGAUGAGAACAACACGGACAACUUAUUGGAAUCGCCUGAGAGGGAGCCACAGCAGCACAUAUUUUCCGAGCAUCAGUUCUCACUUUGAUGCCGCUUAUGACAUCCCUGCCAAAGGCGUGGCGUACAUAUUCACCGGUUAUAAGUACUGGGUGGUUCAACAGCUUAAGAUGAAAAAUGUUGCUGGCUCCAUCUACGAGUACGGAUUCCCCUCCAGAGUCAAGCAGGUUGACGCAGCCGUGCAUGUCAGUGAAUAUGGAAAAACAGUCUUCUUUGUAGGAGAGGUUUAUUACAGGUUUGAUGAGCACAGGAGAAGGAUGGACCCCGGCUUCCCCAGACUCAUCCAAACAGACUGGCUUGGAGUCCCGAGGAGGGUGGAUGCUGCCUUCAAGUCACAAGGCAGCAUCUUCCUCUUCAGUGGGACAAAAUCCUACCAGUAUGACUUCAAGCAAAAGCGGGUGUUGAAUAUCAUUUCAGCAAACUCUUGGCUGGGAUGUUGAUACAGUUGAUACAGUGAUGGGCACGUUACUGAGAGUACAUCCUUUAUACCCCCCCCCCCCACACACACACACAUCUUUAAUUUAUAUAUAUAUAAUAAAUUUCGCUCAAUUCCUGGAUGUCUAUGAGAUCAUGCUUAUAUUAUCUUAUCCCAUAGACACUCAACAUUUGAGCCAAAAUAGCCUAAUAUUGCUGUUUGACAUUUUCUGACUACACCAAAUAGUUUUAAAAAUGGUCUGUCCUAAACCAUUUAUUAGUCUGACUCUGACGGGGGGGAAACUAUUGCAUUUCCAUUCACUGAGCCUCUCCUGAAACUAUGAAACUAUUUGGAGCCCCCCUAGGGAGGUUCGCCUCACACUUUGAAAACCCCUGAUUUAUACAGUUAAGAAGAACUCUGAAGUUAGAGAUGUUAGAGAAUAUGUUGAGAUUAUGUAUAUGUAUUUGACUAAAUUGUUGGAUUUUUGGGGCUAUGUGUUUACCUGUAUAUAAACUCUGAUGUCACUCUCUGGUAUAAAUGUACCUUUAUGUACUUAACAUCUUAGAGUUAACCUAACUUCUACUAUAUUGUAAAUCUGAAUAUAUAAAAACAGGAUGUGUC